UCACAAAGUGGAUAGUAAAGUUAAUACUGCUGAAAUUAUAACAAAAAAAGAUGAUCUAUAUAUUUUAAUCGAACGUAAUCAUAAAGAAACAGAAGAAGCUGAGCGUGAAACAGAAAGAAUUUUGAAUUCUAACUAA